AUGGACACCAACCGCCAGAUCAUAGUCUGCAUGCGACAUUAUGAUGCUCCGGAGGAGGAACUGCACGAGAGGAGCAAGGCGAGAGAUUUCUGCAUGAAGCGGCUGCUGCCGGACGUUCCGCAAGAGAGGCUGGAGUCUGUCUUCCUGGACAGCUUGAAGAACAGGAAUGCCUACAUGGACGACGCGUGGGCCAAGGAAGAGCUGAUAAUAUACUACAAGUGCGUCAGAGAAAUGCUGCAUCACGUGCCAAGUGCUGUUCGCGCUUCCAUGUCUUUCCGUCUAGGACUAGAUGUGCAGGAAGAAAACAUCGACAAGAUACUACGCUGUGAAGCCAAAGGAGGAACCCAUGUAUUGUUUGAAGGCCUCCAGCGGCCCGGAUUCCUGCGCUGCCUUUCCGGACGCCGAGAGCGUCCUCACAUGACCGAGAUGUACGAUACGUCGACUGUGUACGACAAUCCUGAUCCCAACGAGAAGCUGAAGUUGUGCGUCAUGCAUAAACGAGCCUCGAGUGAGGUGUUUAUGGAAUACAGACAGUACCAAACUAUGGUAGAAAAGGAACAGAAGAGGCUGGAGGUCUGUUACAACCACCACUUGGGUAAACCCUUGGAGCCAACUACGGUUCCUGGCAUCGAGGAAAGCACAAUAGCCUCUGAAGCGAGUGCUAUGGACAACAGCGAAGUUACCACGGAUCAAUCACCAAUCCCUGUUUCUUCUCAGGAAAACGAAUUGCUGAGCACAGACGCUCCUACAACGGCUGCAAUUGGGGAGGACGUCACUGUUAAAUCGGAAUAACAGCGUACAAUCGUUGCUUCAUUGUGCCACAUAUUGGCGACAAAAUAAAGCGUGUGUGAACCACGUCCGCCUGA